AAAGGAUCGGUUUCUACUCUCAGCGAUAUCCAUAAUGGCACCCAGCAAGUCGUCCGCCUCCGCAGGGACACGCAAGAAGAAUGCCGCGAAAAAGGCGCGCAAGAAUGGAGAGGAUCCAGAAGACAUGCCGCCUCCGCCGCCAAAUACCAGAAAGCAGCGGGGCGAGAAGAAGCUUUCAAAGGCCCAGCGUAAGGCUUUACCCAAGGUGAAGCAGUAUAUCCCCCCACCAAAGCCGCCAGCGCCUCCUAUACCAGACCCGCUUGACGGGCAAGGUCUCGCGAGGACAUUGCCCGCUGAACUGGUCGUCGUGUUGCGGCGGCUCGGCAAGAAGGACGAUGUCACCAGGCGGAAGGGCCUGGAAGAGUUUAGAGAUGACUGGGUGAGAGAUGUGACUGCUGCGAAGGGUAGUGAAGAGGAAGAAGUGGACAGAGAAGUUAAGGAGAUUGCCAUCCUGUCGGCCAUCCCCGUAUGGCUUCACAACCUCGCCAGUCUCCUCCAAUCCCCUUUCCAGCGGUCAACAGCCCUAGCCAUCCAAUCAGACCUUCUAUCUGUCCCCGCGCUCCGCUCCUCAAUCUUGGAGAGCAUCAACCUCGGCUUCUUGCCCGGCACUCAGAACAGAGACGUAUUGGGCUCGUGGAUGGUCGCUGCUCUGGAAGAAGGUCGCCGGUCGGGUGGGGCGGCAAUAAAAUCUUGGGAGGCGUCCACUACCUGGAAGUCAACGGGAGAAGAGGAUGAAAGGAUAGAUAUCUCCCAGCAGUUGGCUGCUUUGGUAGAGUAUCUCACUCUAUCCACUGUUGACCCAGUCACUCUACACGACAAUAUCCACCCCGCUCCCGUGUUCUCCGAGUCUGCCUCUCAAGCACCCACACCGAAGAAGAACCCCAACAAGGCGGCCAAGACCAAGACCCCCGCGCCGAUCUCUAGACAAGUCGCUACGCCGGUGCAGGCCGAGGACGAGGAGGUGGUCGAGGAGAGGCUUGUCCGGUACAGAGUUGGGGGGCUAGUCGGCCUCACAUCUUUGCUCCAAUCAUGGACCCAGCUGGGGUCUCUCGAACUUCCCGCUGACCUGAUCAGCCUUUUACGCAACCCCGGUCUCUGGAUUGCCCUUUCCCCAGAGAUCAUCGACAAGGCCGAGAACCCAGGGGCUUUGGGUACAGCCCAACCGCCUAUCCGCCGUGCGGCCUACUCGCUCCUUUCUGUCUUGAUUACUUCCUUUGAAAAGAUCAUUGGUGAGCCCGAGGUGCUCAAGAUGGUGUCGGACGCAGUGCUUGGAGGGUGCUGGGUGGAGAAGGAGGCGGCCGUAUGGGAGGCUGCUGGUCCUGCUGUGGCUAAAUUUGUUCGGAAAUGGCCCGAGUGCUGGAUUAUCACUGCCAUUGAUCAACCUGCCAAGGACGAGGAGAACAGCGGGGAUGAAGCUGCCAGUGAGAACGAGCAGGACGUCUCGACUGCCAAGCCAGAGGGGCCUCCAGUCUCCCCUCAUUACACUUCCUUCCUCGACUUUGCUUCCACCAUUUGCCCCUCCAUCCCAGGCCUUACAUACCCCAUCAUCCUUGUUGUUCUCUCCACCCUCCCUACAUCAUUAUUAUCCCUCGCGAGCCCAUCAAGCCAGCUCCAAACUCUCUUCUCACACCUCUGGUCCCCCGUCGAUGCUAGAUUGCUUUCGACACACUCUCUUCCCGGUCAGCAGUCAGCUUUCCAGAUGUUCCUGCAAGCAUUCUUGGAGAGUACGAUCUUUUUGAUUGGUAAAUCUUGGCGAUUGGAGGAUGGGGAAGGGAAGGACGCGGCUGCGUGGCUGGCCCGAGAGCAGCUCGGGGAAAGAGCAUGGAAAGAGGGCGUUUUGGUGCUCGGCGGCAAAGGAGGUGGGAGAAGGGUGGUGCAGGGAAAGACUAAUGAAGCUGAAGCUCGUUUAUUCGGAUCAACUCUGGCAAGGUUGGUCGCUAUUGACGAACAGUUGCUUGAAGCUGUAAAGUCGAUAGCCUCGCAAGCCUUGUUGGACGGUUGUUUCCCCAGCACGGAGCAGGAGACAAAGCCCAUUGUAUCCGUCUUACCAAGAGCUUUGUCCAUUCUGAGUGCUGUGAAGGGAUCGACAGAAGACGCCAAGGUAGCUGGAUUUGCUGAGGACAUCAUCAGAAAUAUCGUUCAACAGUCGGCCGAAUUACUGGGAGGGGAUGACAAAAAUCCUGGCUCGGUAGUUGUCUCGGAGGCACUCGUGCUUGCACUGUCAGAGUAUCCACAUUUGGUGGACGACACUGUCGUACAUAAUUUGGUGGAUCUCUUCCAUACAUCUUCCACCUCCCUCCUGCAGGUGCUCACACCACCUCUCUAUGUUCGGACGCUUGACCUCCUUAGUAAAGUCUCUUCUUCACCCGAGGAGAAAGCAACAUGUCAGAAGACUUUGGUAUCCCUACUCAGCUCACAAGAAGCGGAGGCAUCGCAGCGUUUUGUCGUUGCCAGCUCUCUCUUGUCCCUUUCUUCCACCAAUCUCCUCCAACCGACGUCCCUGGAUCCUAUAGUGACCGAAGCGACCCACGAGGCUCUCUCCUCUGGCUCUCCAGAGGCAGUGUCUGUCAUCACAGCUUCUCUACGGUCUCUCUCACACAUCUCCCCAGCGACCCUUCACAAUGUGCUGUCCAAGACUUGCAAGGCUAUACAAUCCUCCACCGACAAGCUCUUGACGACCGAUUUCACCGAACUGGGCAUCCCGAGAGCCGCGUUCGAGAUAUUUACUGUCUAUGCUCAAGAUCAUCUCAAAGAGGUUGUGGGAUCGGAUGAAUGGGUACAGGGGCUUGUAGCGAUACACCAUGUGCUGUUCAUGCUCCCUCGAGUCCCAGGGCAUAUUGAGACUCGAGAGGGCAAGGUGGAGAGCCUUACGAAUGUUUGGGCCAAACUCGGCGAGCUCGAGGAGAAGGAACAGAGCAAGGUGCUUGUCAGGGUACACGAAGCGUUGAGGGAAGAAAUCGGUAGGGUGGGAGUGCAUGUGAGCCCGGAUGUGCUGGUGGAUGUUGCUUUGGCGACCACCUUGGGAGGACGCAGCUCGUCAGUGGGCGACCUGGCCGACGCUCUUUUACCCCAUGCCGAACAGUUGUUGAAAGACCUCGCAUCUCAUGCGUCCAGGUCCCCGCACCCUACGCUACCACUUGUCGACGCUCUCAUCCCAUUCGUCGCUCCAGACGAGGAUGCCGAUAUCGAUUCGACAGACUUUGAUCUGCUCGGUCGAUCCGAAGUCUUACGAUAUGCUGAGGCCGCUGUGGCACUUCUCAGAGCGAACAGAAGUCUCGUCAAGACGGAGCCUGUCCUUCUGCAGGUGGCCUUGGCCGUCGGUCGUAUCGCCCAAGAUGCUCUGGCAGUUCCCGGAGCUUCACGGGGCUUGUUCUCCAAGGAUACACCUUUGACACGCUUGGAAGACUUGGUGAGAGAGGUCGAAGGUGCUACCAGCUUUGCGCUUGGUUAUGUGGACGAAGUUCCCUCAUCAUGGCAUGCUGCUACAGUACAAGCUCUCAAGUCUGACACUCUUCCCGAGGGCUCUGACUUGCUGCAGCGUCUGCUGACAGCGCUCAAGAGGGAUGUGGUGGCUACCGGGGGCGAUGUGAGUGCGAGGUCGUUUAGAGAUGUGUUGAGUAGACACUUGAGGCAGGUGGGCGCAGGGGAGAAGGAAGGAGAAGCGUGGCUCGCUUAUGCCAUGGGACAAGUCGACAGAGCGCCUCAGCUGGCUCUUGCCAUCAUCCUGGCCAUCAAACCUAUGCUCCUCGACACACAACAAUUCAUGACAGCUCAAAACAGGCUGGCGUCAGCUAUCACCACUAUCCCUCCUUCUAAAUGCCACACCGCUCUCGACCUUUUACGGAUCUUCAACGCCUCUGCGCCUCCACCGGACUCUGCUUCCGUCUUUUUGCCUCAGCAGCGAGCGUUGUUUGCGUUGAGGCAUGUGGCCGGCUGGUUGACAAGUGACGAUGUUGAUGAGGAUCAGUUGCCAGAAGACAUGGAGUAUAGAGUCCUGGAGCUGGAAGGUGCUGUAGCGCCUAUCGUACAAGAUGUCGGUGGCAACCAUUGGGAUGGGAUCUUUGACUUGGUGGAAAGUGGUUUGGAGAACUCUGCCAUGGACGAUCCCGCAUCCCUUUGUCUGAUGUACCAAAGCUUGUCUGUCCUGCAGCAGAUCAGAAAUCUCUGCCAGACCAACAAGUCUCUCAGAGCAUCCUGGACGAGCAAGGACGCGCAUCUGAAGCUCGUCCUUGAUCUCUUCCUCCAAUGCCGUUUGGCGGACACCGCACCUCUUCAAGAGAUCCAGGCUCUCAUUCUUGAUCUACUGCCGGACAUUCCGGACAAGGUCAUGGAGCAUGCGUCGCUAUCGUCGUUGUCAAAGCUUGUAUCGCUGUCGACUUCUUCGGCAAUCCAAACGGCCGCUUACCGUAUCUUGAGCAAGGUCAUCAAGCAUGAGACAUUGUCCUUGGUGCUGGAAGUGGAGGCUUCGUUGUCAGAUGAGGAUGGGCAUAAGGAGAGGACGAUCGAGCUGGCAAAGGAAUUGGUGGAUAUCGUCAAGAUUGGGACAGAGUUGGACUGGCAUGGAGAGCUUGGUGUGCCGCUUGUCCUUGGGCAGCUUUUGACCUGGAUGUCCAUCUUGGACUACUUUGAGGAUGCUUCUCGAACACUACGAUGGGCAUACCUUGACCAGCUCAACACAUCAAACCUCAUCACGGACGGUCUCAUCCCCAUGCUCUUUGCCAUUCUGGGCGUCUCUGAAGUGGGCGCUUGGAACUUCCCCGCGAGUCAGUAUGCGGUAGACGAGUACUUUACCGAGUUCCUCGACCCCGAAAGUCUACCCGACCUUGCUCCCCUCGCUUCCCACAUCUUUUAUCGAGCCCUCGUCACCAUUCCGUCCUCUCUCCGGGGUUACUACGAGUCCCUCAAGGAUAGACAGUUGUCCAUGUCGAUGCUCAACUUUACAGCCCGUCACUUCUCCCCCGUCAUCAUUGCACACGAAUUUUCCGCUCUCCGCCAGCCCGCGGCAAUGGCCCAACUCACAGAAGAAGGGCUCAACGUGCGUAUCGCCCAGGGUGGAGGUGCAACGGUGGCUGCAAACAGCGCAGGCUCGUCCGAGGCGAUCGCGAGCUAUGUCGUAGACGAGCAGCCGAUGGAGAUCGGCAUCAGGCUCCCGGCAGAGUUCCCCUUGAAGGCUGUUGAUGUGCGUGACUUGAGAAGGGUUGGAGUGCCAGAGAACAAGUGGAGGGGGUGGUUGAUGAGCGUGCAGCAGACCAUUACUUCGAGAAAUGGUCUGAUAUUGGAAGCUCUGACAUUGUUCAAGAGGAACGUCUCGCUUCACUUUGAGGGUGUUGUCGAGUGUGCUAUCUGCUACUCUAUCAUCUCUCUCACAGACAGAACUCUUCCCACAAAGCCUUGUCGCACGUGUAAGAAUCGCUUCCAUGCUAGCUGUCUCUUCAAGUGGUUCAACUCGUCCCAUUCGAGCAGUUGUCCCCUCUGUCGAUCUCUUUUCUAGAUGGUUCACCUUUAUAAUAGCACUUUACGCAUGGUAGAUGACAUACAUUUUACAAGGAGGA